AUGCAAGAGAUUUUUGUGUCGCGUGAAUAUUUUGAGGUUGGUUUUUGACUGGGUGGGAUAUUUCUUUUUGUCUAUUUCUAGACAGGAAAUUGUGGAGAUCAAAUAGCCGACUAUUCGGUUUCCUGUAUAAUUUUUGGUUUAAUGAUCGAAUUAAAGUUUUAUUAGAGUGUUCCUCGAAUCAAAAUGUGAGAUCACAAAAGAUUUCGUCGAUGAUUUGUGGUUCUCGGAAAAAGAUUAUGGCUUUAGAAAUGUAAAAAUUAUUUUGAGAUGAUUGCUUUUAAUGAAACCAUUUAGUUUGGUCAUUUAAAUUUUUAUUUUCUAAUUUAAAAUAUUCUUUACAAUAAACUUAACUUAUUAACUUAUUCUCCUUGAUUUUAUUAUUUUGAAAGUGCAAUUUUGAGUUAUUGUUAUUAACAGUUUCUAUCUCACUGAAAUUAACUCAUUUGGUUUGUUUAUUUUUUAAGUUAUUUUAUUUACUUUUCUUGAACUUUCAAUUGAUGACUUUUAAUUUGACUCAUAUACGGUAUGAAAUAACUUCAAAAAAUCUUUUAUGUCUUCCGAAUUACUUUAAAUUUGUUUGUGAUUUUGAGCUAAGACAUUAUUAGCAAAGUUCUCAAUGUUUGUCUUCAAUUUGCCUUUAGAACUUUCUAACUUGCAAAUCACAUUCAUCAUUUAAAAGUAUUUUGGAAGUUCUUUCUGGAAAUCCAUCCAGGAAAACAUUUUGAAAGUACUCCAAUUUUGCAUUUUGCAUUUCCAGGUUGUUUUGGCGUCAAAAAUCUAUAUAUACUGUACUUUGAGUUUUCCGUGAAAAGCAAUUCUGAACACUAAACACCAAAGUUCCGUCUGAAAAAUUAUCUUAUCAACAAUAUUUUUAUUCGUGUUUUUUUUCUGGUAACUGUCUGUCGAUCAUUAGCUUUUCUCAUUUUCCCCUUUUCUCAAACUAAUUGACCCUAAAAACAAAAAUGACGUAGGUUUCUGAAAAUGAACUUUUUUCACGUCAUCGAGCCAUUCUAGACAAUAAAAAAGUAUAUGAGAAUCUCAAAUAUCAAGCAAAUUUUUUAUAUAGAAAAUACUUCCUUUCUAAUAUAUUCAAAAAUUUGUUGGUUCGAGAUUAAAAAUGAAUAUCUUCCCAGAAAAAGGCAUGUGUUUUUUUUUAGAAAAAAAGGUUGGGCUGUAGAGAAAAACAAGAUCAGUAAGGGGUUAACUAGAUUAUUGUUUUGUUAUUUUUAUUGUUAUUUUUUCUCAAUUUUCAUGCGAUCUGAAAUUUUCAGUUUUUGUUUUACCAACUGUUCAAAUAGCCCUAGGGUUCUUUAAGAAAAAGAAAAACAAGAAAAUUGAAGUUCGCAACAUUUUCCGCCGCUAAAUUUGAUUUCCUUUAAAUCAAGCUUACUCAUAAAAUCUAACCAAGAAAAAACACUUUUUUGAAACAUCAUAAAAAAAAGUUAUCACGCUAACCUCAUUUCUUCGAAAUAAAUAAUGAAUCCAUCUUUCUUCCAGGAAGCAAAAUUUUUAACAAAGUUCACCUGUUCAUAUUUAUAUAACGACAAAAAAGAUAAUUCGAUUUAUGUUGUUUUUCCAGGCUCAAGAGGUACCCCCUCAAGUAUUUUUCCAAUAAUUUUUGAUCCAGUAUUUUACUUAUUUAUUUUUAGAAAAAAAGUUGAAGAGAAAAAACCAUCUACAGUGACGUAAAUAGUAGAUAAAACUAUUUUCUCGGUAAUUUUGGCAAUUUGUGCGGUAAAAAACGGACGGGAUAAACGAAGCCUAUUAUUUCAUGUAAGAUCGUUUCACUUAUGUGUAUACUGCGAAAAAAUUACUCCUAGUCAAAAAUAUUAUUUUUUCUCGCAUUUUUUUUCGAAGACGACAUGAAUAAUGAUACCGAGGUAAUUUUUCCAGAAAUCAACACUAAUUUAUUCAAGUUUUGUUUUUGAUUUUUGUUAGAUAAAAAAGUGAAUAGGAAAAAAUGGCUAUCUUUUGUCUUUCUCUUCUUUUUUCUUCAAUUUAUUUUCUUACCUAUCUUCUUUUUUCCAAUUGUCGAAUCACCGAAAUUGAAAGAUGUAACGUGUGCGCCCGGUUAGCUCAGUCGGUAGAGCACCAGACUCUUAAUCUGGCUGUCGCGGGUUCGAGCCCCGCAUCGGGCUGAUGCAAAACUUUUUUCGUUUUUUACGAAACUUUAUUUUGGAAGAAGAGAAAGAAAACAUUCGGUACGCAUGUGGAAUACAAAUUUAGUGGGAAUUAAUCUAAUUAAAACUACAAUUCUCCUUAGAAACCAAACCAGAAAGUUUUCUGAAUAAUUUUUCUGUGAAUGAGUAGUUUUUCAAGUGCUCUUUUUUUCGAUGGCGUAUCGGAUUUUCAGAUGUUGAAAUUUCCUGGAAAACGUUCCCAUUUUUUUCAAAAAGCAAUCAAAAGCUUUUCAAAAAAUGAAGGUUUUCCAAGUGUUAAACUUUUUGAAUCGCAUAAUAACCAUUUUUGAAAAAUUAUCUCAGAUAUAUUCCAAAUCUCUCGAAAAAAUAUGAUUUUUUUGAUCUACCGAAUUGAAAAUCCAAUUCUCGAAAAAAGGCACUUCAAAAAGUCUUAAUUUUUGCAAAGAGGAACUGCACUGUAAUCCAGCAGAAAUUUUACUUGUCUCCUGCAAAAAUUUGAAAUGUUUGAAAAUUUCUGAUGUUUUGCACUAACUCUAGAUAUUUUUUUUGAUCUUUUGAGUUUAACAUAUCAUUCAAAAAUGUCUUCUUGAAUGAAAUUAUCUGACGUUCUGAGAGUAUAUAAAUACGAAUUUUCGGAAAUCGCAUUUUCUCGGCAUUCACAAUGAAAAACACACCUUUAAUACAAUCUCAAUAUCAGUUGAUUGAAUAUUCUUUGGUUAACCAGGUGUGUUAUGAUUUUUGUGCCAAAAAAUUAUAUUGUUACGGCGAAAGAAAAUAAAGCACAUUUCAUUCUUGAAUUUGUUUCGCUAAUAAUUAAAUUUUCUUCAGAAAACGUUAAUUUUUGCCGUCGUUUCGUUUUCUUCAAUGUGUACUUCCGCAUUUUUUGUUUUCUUUUUGUUUCCAGACAAGAGCAAAAUAUGUAUCUAGGUUCAACCCUUAUUAUUUUUCAUUUUAUUUUUUAGAUUCUAUACAAAUUGAAUAUCCUUCAGUUGAUGUAAUUAUGACUCACAUUUUUUUCAUAUUUUACUUUAUUUUUUCUAGGAAAUUUCGUGUUUUUGUUUACCUCGAAAAAAUUGGAUUUUUUUUUCGUUUUCUUAUUCCAUCACAAAAAUUAGUUCAGGGUUAGAAAAGAAACUAAUUAUAGAAUAUGGAAAUUCCAAAAAAAAAUUAUUUUUGUUGGUUUCAUUUUUUUCUACAUGUUCAUGUUCAUUUUCUAUUUACGUAACAUGUUACUCAUCAAGGAUUUAUGACAGAGAAAGAGAAAAAUUAAAAUCUAUUCAACUGCAAAAAAUAUAUAACAUUUUUUUUAGUAUUUUUUUUUCAUUUAGCAGCUGACAGGUUCAUCAUUACAUUUGAAACACUUUUUUUUUUGCCACUCGUCAUUUCUUUUGAAUUUCAAUUCUUUUUUUUUCAUCUUCUUUGUUUUUGUUUGUUUUUCUUUCAGCCAUCUCAAGAUCCUACGAUUCUAAUUUAAGGUUCAAAACUUUUUUGAUCUUCACAUAUAUUUUCAAAAUUGCCUAACAAACAAAAACAAUGACAAAUUUUCGAAAAAAAAAAAUUCUUUGUAGUUUGAAUUAUUGCUGCAAUUGACAAGAGACAGAAAAUUUUGCAAGGUUUUAGUACCUGAAUCUAUUUAUUUUUUAUUUAUCUAGCUCAUUUUUGCAAGCAAAACACACUCAUCACUUACUUAUCCAAAACCCGCGGUUUUGUGAAAAACAUUUUCGAAAAUCCGAUUUACUAAAAUUUCUCACGUUUUGUUUUGUUUUUGAAACAGAACCCUUUAGUACCUUCUGGCUACUUGGGAAACUUCCGCAAUUGUUUUGGGUUUCUAAUGUGAAUUUUUUUGCAUCCUCUAGUUAUAUCAAUUGUUUUAAAUAUUUCUAAUACCUUCGUCAUCAUUGAACAGAAAAUGAAACUUCUGCGCAUCAAAAAAUGGACUUCGACAUUGACCAAGCUAAUCCCCUUGUUCAAUUUUAAUGAACUUUUGAAGCCAUCUAGACAGUGUUUGUUGUGUCACGAGGUUAAAAAAAAGUUCAUUUUUUCUAUGAAAGUUAUUUGUAACUUUAUUGGAUACAAAAUUCCAAAAAAAUAUAUCCAAACCCCUUUUUUUAAACCACAGUUUUCAAACUACUGUACUAUAAUUUCUAGAAUUCUGCACGGGUUUCGUAUCUUUCGUAUCUUUCAAUCUCAAACUUUUCACCGAUAUAUAAUAUUUUCCCAUUUCUGUACCUUAUUUACACCACUACCACCAAUUCCAAAACUUCAGCACCAAUUCAAAAUCAGAAAUCAUCAUGACCUCAUCCAGCUUGCACUUUUUCCUUUAGACUAGACAAAUUCAAAUUUUUCACGCACUUUCGAUGGUCAUUUGAAUAAUUAUGAAUUCACUCAUCUUACUAAUUCAAGAUACCAAUUUGCAUCAACUAGAUUAUAUCAGAUCAGAACAAAACGGAAAUUUGACGCACCGUGAUUCGAAAAUCCUCUUUUUUUUCAGUUAGUAAGUCGGUCAGAACAAAAAAAUGAAAAAUAAAUAAAAAAUGAGUAUUUUGGACCCGCCUCCUUUUUAUCCCUUCUUACUACGAUUAUUAGAAAUCUCAAAUAUUCUUUGUUCGACAAUACGUUUUUUGCUGUGCCAAAACACUUUACCUAAAAAAAGAACACCUCUCUCUUGGGAGUGAUCCAUAUAAUAAUAAUGGUGAAAACUUUUUCCAAAAAAGGAAGACUUUUUUAUUUAUUUAUUUUUUCUUUUUAUUCCUGCUAAAAAAGAAUAAAAAAGAAGCAAAAAAACCUAUUCAUCCAUCGUUUUUCGGACCGCUAAAAAACGGCUUUCUUUAUUCCUUCUCUCUGAACCUUGAUGCUGCGCCUCGUCUUUGUCUAUUUUUACUACUAUACAUACCAUUGCAAUUAAUUUAUUGUGCACAACAUUUUUCAUUUAGUUUUUUUUACGUCUUCUGUUAUUGCUUCCUUCUUGUUUUGCAUCAUACCUUUCCUUUCUAGAUUUUUCCGUUUCACAUUAGUCAUUUUUGGGGAAAGGUGGGAACUUUUUUGCUACAUUUUUCCUUUUUUGAUCCAUAAUUUUUAUUGCGUAAAUAGCUUUUUUCUAUUUUAUUAUUCAGAAUCAGAAUUAUUCGGAGACUAGAUAAAAACAAGUUCCUCUAUCUCAAAAAUCAGAAACUUUGGCCUUUGUGCAAAAACAAACAAAACAUCCUAAUUUGAUAUUUUUUCACACAUUUUCAGUAUUUAUCCGUUUUGCAUUCAUUCCAAAACACAACAUUUUUUUCGGCAAAGUGGUCAUAUAUGGGACCAAUGAAUGAAUAUUUUUUAGGACAUCCAUCUCCAAAUUCUUUUUGUUUUUCUUUUUUUCUGUUUACCACAAAAUUGCAAGACGACCUCUUUCCAAUUUUAGGAUAAUCAACCUGCACUUUUUUCUAAUUUUAUAUCCAUUCAUUUUGCCAAUGAACAUACCUUAUUUACUAUGCAUAAGUUACUCAUCAAGUAAUACUUUGUUACUCUCAAAAAUUAGUUCUUCUAAAAGUGCAUUUUCCAACUUCUCCGUUUUUUUAUGUAUAAAUUUCCAGAGGCUAAUUAUUGUUUGCCUUUCCGUGUACUUUAAAGGCUCCGCAAAAACAAUGAAAUUGAAAAAAGAAGGGAAUUCUUCUUUUCAUUUUAUUGCAUUUUUCCAACAAAAUAAGUAUAUCUGAUUACAACUAUUUUUAUUCUAAUUUUUCAUUUUCAAUUUCUCUUGUUUUUUUCUGUCCAAAAAUCACUGGAUUUUCCUUGUGUGUCAGUUUUUAAUUGCUCGAUUCCUCUUUUUUUCCGAGCGCGCGCACAUCUUUUCGACAUCAUCAUUCAAUCUGAUUCAAUUUUUUCUUGACCUUUCUUUUUUUUCGUUGGAUAGAUGAAAAAAUGUACGAAAAAUUUUAGAAAAAUAUAUUUAUAUUUUUGAUUGGACCUAAAAUAUUCAAAAUAUUAAUCCAAAAACUUUCAGCAUGCGAUGAGUGAUUCUUCGCAACAUCUUCGUCUCGCUUUGACGGUCACUCAUUUGAUGCUCGUUGCUUUGGGCUCAGUUAAUUUAAUUGUUAUUCUACUAAUUAUCACAAGACCGUAAGUUAAAAAUGUUCUGCAUCUAAAACCCUAAACUUAACAUUUUUAGGUAUCUCCGAUCUAUCACAAAUGUGUAUAUGAUUGGACUCUGCCUAGCAGAUUUCAUCUAUUUAGCAGACCUUGUUUUGGUCGCAGCCACAUCAUUGAAUGGUAAAAGUUGGCCAUUUGGUGAUACAUUGUGUCAUAUUUUCCACGGGACCGAAGCUACUGGAAAAUAUGCAUCGGUUUUAUUUGUUGUUCUUCUUGCUGCGGAUCGUUAUAUUGCAAUGUGUAAAACUGAUCUCUGUGGGCGUUACAGGUAAAUACUAAACUUUGAGAAUUCAGGUUCAAAAUCUCAAGGCCGUGUGUUCCCCAUCAAUAAAAAUACAAACGUAAAAUCUAAACCAAAACAAUAAUCCCUUAUUAAUCACAUGGUCAAAUGUCUUAUUCCAGAACGUAUCGCACAGCUAUCCUAUUAUCUGGUUUAGCAUGGAUUGCUGCGGUUAUUUGUAGUAUGCCAUUAUACGUCUAUGCUGACGCGAUUAAAGUCCGACUUCGAACUCGUAAUGAGACCGAUGAAAAUAGCAGUACCACUCUGUGUAUUGCUCAUUGGCCGAGUCCACCGCACGCUCAAUGGUAUAUCUCAAUUUGCUCGAUUAUGAUUUUUAUUCUUCCCGGUUUGGUCAUUUUCUAUUGUUAUUAUCACGUGUUUUGCAAGUUGAGAGAGGCUGCAAAGGUAUGAUUUGUGUGUAAACAAAUUUUUCUCAGGUCUUGAAUCAUGAUGGGAAAAAAAAGUCGUUGCAGAAAUAAUUCGAAAAAUUUUUUCAGGGUUCUCGCCGUUUACAUCGCAACAAAACGCGGUCAUCGUAUCAACGUGUAACUCGAAGUGUACAACGUGUUGUUUUGUUUCAUUUGCUAUGCUGGUCACCAUUUUGGUUGUUCAACUUGUUCUCGGCGAUUUUCCGAGUUCGUAUAACUACCCAACUCAUGAGAAUCGUUGUUAAUAUCAUUCACUUGUUCCCAUAUGUUAAUUGUGCAUUAAACCCGGUACUCUAUGCUUAUCGUGCUGAAAAUUUCCGUAUUGCAUUCAAAUCUCUACUUUUCUGGAGCAGAAGGUUUGUAGUUCAAUCAUUGAACACUAAUUAAUUAGUUGAGAUGUACGAAUUAAUUAGUUGAAAUUGCGUAGGCAUAUGUACACAAAAUGUAUCAUCAUUCAUCCUUCUUUCAGAAAUCGACCACUUCCGAUGCCGGAAGAUAUGAGAAGUACAACACAUAGCACUUAUUAUAAAAGUAGUGGAAAGUAGGUUUUAUAAUUAAUCUCGGAAUGAAAAAUAAUAUUCAUUUAUUUAAAUUUUAGUGGGGAUGGCUCACAAUUAUCAAUAAAAGCUCAAAAAGAAGCACAAUCCGUAUAUCAACCAGAAGAAGAGAGUCCAAUUGAGAUUGCAGAUCAAGAAGAACUUGAAAGGUCAGUGACCUUUUUAGAAUGAUAAUUAGCUAAAGUAACAUUUUUCUAGGAAACGAGCUGAAUUAUCGAGUUGGCGACCUUAUGAUGGUACAAAUUCGGAAGUUUUAGAAGUGCAUUUUGAUCAUCAUAAAUGCUCCGCUAGAAGUAUAUUGCUUCCAACAAAUUUGGACAUUGAUGAAGGAACAAAAUUGUGA